AUGGCUGUAUAUCAAAACCCACAACUCUACAUUCUAAGUUUAUAUUUUACACCAGAGGACGAGGAUGAAAGCUGUAUUGCAGAAUUGGAAAAGGUGAUUGAACAGCUCAAUAGCAAUAACUAUAUUUUGGUGGGUGAUGUGAAUGCCAAGUCUCCUAAUUGGUUCCACCCAAGAGAGGACUACAGGGGCCGGUUAAUAAAUAACUUGAUGGAUAGCCAUGACUUGUUUUCCGCUAGCAUAUCAAACUACCCAACGUUUUUCAUGGCAUACGCCGAAGGGUGGACUGAUGUCUUCCUCGCCCCAAUUGGCAUAAGUGGCAACAUCAUUACCUGCAAGACACUCCUUCAGGAGUCGGCGAGUGAGCAUAGGUUCAUUUAUGCCAAAAUGACAAGAACUGACCAAAAAAUGGUGAACUACAGAUAUACAAGGAAAACAAACUGGGACCUGUUUGCCAAAUACUUUGCUGACCAUUGGCGAAGAUACAGAUUUCACGAUAUUGAAAGUGAAGAAGACAUGAAUGAAUAUACAGAACAUAUCACAAAAGCAAUCCAGGAAGCGGAAAGGCUAUCAACAAGAAUGAUCAAAACAGACAUAAAAAGAACAAUCUGGUGGACAAAUAACUUAUCUGAACAGCAGAAAAACGUCCGAAAGUUGAGGAAGAAAAUGACCAGAGCCAGAAAUGACGAACUUAGAAAUAAUCACAAGGAGGAAUACAGGAAGGCUCUAAAAGAAUACAAAAAAGACAUAAAUAGCACGCAUAUAGAGGCCUGGCGGGAUUUCUGUGGAAAAGAACUGAGGAGGAAUCCAUGGAAUGUGCCAUAUCGAGUAAUUUUCAACAAAAUGAGGAAAUGUCAGGUUCCCAAUUUGAUUGGAGGAAAUGGGAAUAACCCGGAAUUGGAUAUUAUAGAGAACACCAGAAGAAUUUUACAAUUCCAUUUUCCUAUCGAUGACAAAACCAAAGACUCAGACUUACAUAAAAAAAAAUGA